GUAGGGGGCAGGGUAUACUGCUGUAAGGUCCUUCAUUGGCUCCAGCCAACAUCAAUCUGUUGAUUUCAGAUCCCCACAAGUUUGAAACUUUUUUUUCGCGGAGGCGGAGAAGGAGUCGGGUUACACCAAACUCUUGUAACCGAUCUAGCUGCAGCAGAAAGAAGAAAACACGUUUUGAAUAAUUCACGCAUCUGCGCUUGAUACACGGUUACACAAAACAAGCUUCGAGACGAGGGCGUUUUUGGCGGAAACGGAGCUGGACACAGUGGACUAUGGAGUGAGGCGAGUCCUCUGUGGGGCCAGGAUGAAGAGUUGAGAUUAUACUCUGAUUAAAUUGUCCUCUCGUUGGUUGACCACUCCAGUGUCUUGUCUCCUGAAGCCAGAAAAGGUGCGCCCUUGACCAUGGACUCCUUCAGCACCAAGAGUCUGGCACUGCAGGCUCAGAAGAAGCUCAUGAGCAAGAUGGCCACCAAGAGCGUGGCCAGUUUGUUCAUUGAUGACACCAGCAGUGAGGUCCUGGACGAGCUGUACCGGGUCACCAAAGAGUACACACGCAACCGCAAAGAGUCCCAGAAAAUCAUUAAAAACCUGAUCAAGAUGGUGGUGAAGCUGGGGGUGCUCUACAGAAACAACCAGUUCAACAACGAAGAGCUGAUUGUGGUGGAGAACUUCAGGAAAAAGGUGCAUACUCUGGCCAUGACUGCAGUCAGCUUCCACCAGAUUGAGUUCACAUUUGACCGUCGUGUGAUGAGCGCCAUUUUAAACGACUGCCGCGACCUGCUACACCAGGCCAUCAAGAGGCACCUGACGGCCAAGAGCCAUACUCGCAUCAACCACGUCUUCAAUCACUUCUCUGACUGUGACUUCCUUGCAGCGCUCUACGGGCCCUCCGAGGUUUACCGCGCGCAUCUACAAAGAAUCUGCAAUGGCGUCAACAAGAUGCUCGACGAGGGUAACCUUUGACCUCCGCUGACCCUGUCCCCAGGCACUUUUUACCUCCUUGUUCACUCUCACGGACUACUUUUUGUUUUCUUUAUGCGUGUCUUUAUACAUUAUUUUAACAUUGAUAUUUUCUUUGCUAGUAAACCCAAAGUUUUUAUCUCUAAUCUAAUUUGGAAACCAAAUGCAGUUGAUGUUUUUUAAUGAAUGUAUAACUCCAUGCUCUUAUCGGUAUAUCCAGAGGUAGGAGCCUUGACAACUGUGCCUUGAAAAACACUUUUUAUCUUUUAUUUGAAGGGCACUAGGCUUGCUCUCUUACUUAAUCAAAACGGCAUGAAGCCAGGCACAGACCCUCAGUAGCUUCUCUGCAAGGUGCCUGUAAUGGACCAAAAUGAGUUAGGAGGCACUGGGAGUGGGGGAAAUUGCUAUCUUUCUCAAACAACCAAGAAAGAAGGAAGUUUUUAAAGUUUUUUUCUUUUUUUUUAAGUAUUGCACUCUUCACCAGCGCUGUAUUGUAUUAUUCUGCAACCAUGUGACCACAGCAGAGACAUAACCCUGCUUAGUCUGUUCUUACACAUUUCACUAUAUGCACUGAGCUUUACCAAGGAGGCCUUGUUUGUACAGUAUAAAGAAAACAUUGUACUUGACUUUUAUAGCCUCCACAACAAAUAUGAAGUAUUUGGCUCACACAAGGAAUGUAAACAUGAAAAAACCUGACUGUGGUGUUUUCAUUACUCUUAUUUCUAGCUGUGCAGUCUUGCGCUUUUUACACAGAAAAUCUUAAACUUGCCUUCCUAAAUGUCAUAAACUCAGCAGGAGACGAGCUAACAUCACAACAUAAGAAGCACUACUUAUAAUAGAUUUCUGUGUCGGUCUAUACAGAUAAUGUCAGCAGUGUUUGAGUCUAGUGGCACUUUCACUGGUUUUCACUAACACACAGCUUGGAUUCCAACAGAGGUGGACUCAAAAGACUCCCCACUAGCAGCCAUAAAUGAAAGGUUGAACACUGCUCUGUACAGGUCAGACUGACCAAUGCUACAGAUUAGAUGCUGUAUACCUUAUCUGUUAGUUAUAUAUCUGUGCUCUAAUUAAAGCUAUAGCUCAAUGGGAGCUGUCAUUUCAAGUGAUUGCCACCUCUGAAAUCUGAUUUACUGGGUAGCUAAUGAUGCAACUUCUUGAAUUCACUUUUGAUACAGGAACAUGCAUUACGACUACGCCAGUCAAACGUUAAACAAUACUGUGACACAGAUAAAACGUGAUUAAAACUAGGGCUGCAAGACUAAUGGCAAUCAAAAUCACAUUUUCAAUAGACGCAAUUAGCAAAUCGCACUGUCUGCUUUUUUAAGUACUGUAAUUUCCUCCAUAAACAACAAAAUAUCCUGUCUUAUCCUGCAUAAAAAAACUACUAAGACAAACAUGUUCUGAAAUACACGUGAUUCUUUUAUACUGUUUUUGAUGUUACUUCAUGGGCCUAUUUCAGUCUUUUUGUCAAUACUCCUGGAUGUGUUUUAAAUGUGAACCUUAAGCAAUCCGAUUUUUAAAACUAAAAUUGCAAAUCUAAUCGCAUUCCUCAUUAGAAAAAUCACAAUUACACAAUUUUUUUUUAGCAGCUCUAAUUAAAACAAACUCCAAAUUGAGCUAAAUUAGGAAACCCACAGAGCAGUUGAGCUAAUAUGCCUCUUUGUUUUUACCACACAACAGCCUGAUCUAAUGUGAUGAAUAUAACUGUCCCCUCCAUGUGUGAAGAUGUUGUCAAAAUACAGGCAUAUCUGAAUAGUUACUACGAGCCCUCGCCCCACAUAAUAGCUGUCUUUCCUUUUUGUUGGCUUGUUUUUGCAUCACUGAGCCUGUCUGGGAGAUUGUUAGGCUCCAUGGUCUCAUUUUGUAUUCUGCAUGUGUGUGUGUUUGUGUGUGUACCUGUGAGAGAAUUGGAAAUUGAGCCGUGUAAUAAGCGCCGUGCUUUUCCCAGAUAGGACUGUUGAAACUUUAACUUCAUCUACGCUGCAGUGGCACUUAGCAAGUGAUGUUAGUCAAAAUGUAGCCCCCCUUUUAAAGCCGGCGCGACACUUCAGAAAAACAGCACGCACUUGAAAAUUAUGGCCCUGAUAAUGGAGGUAAUGACGAAGCAGGUGGGGCGGUAGCAGUCGCAAUCCUUUUUCACUGAUUUAUCCUUUUAUUUGUAACAUUUUAUAAAAGCUAUUCCAGCAUCUCAAAUUAAUGUUUGGUGCAUUUCUAAGACUUAAACAUUUCUCGAUCUGUGUCUUUGAAAGUAAUUUUAUCAAUCCCCUAUCCCUAUUAUACCCGUACAGUUUAAAUCCCCUUUAAUUUCACAUCCUUGAUACGCUUAGCAGAAAGAUUAUAGGAACGUCUGCCACAGCCCAACUUACUUUCACUGAAACUAGAAGCAUCUGUGAUUUACCUUUGUGAAUUAUUUUUAUUUUAUGUUCAUAUGUCUAUUUCUGUAAUGUUUGUAUACACAAAUAUAAUACAAUUGCCUUUUUAAAUGAAUAAA